GAGGAUGGUCUAGCGGAGGAAAUGGGUUACUUCCUUCUGGUUUUCUUUGCAGCCUUCUUUUUUAAACUAGAGCCCCACGCUCCCCCAGCAGACAGGUGAUAGAAGUUUGUUAGGUGGCACUGAAACUUGUGAGCAAAUGCAAGGGCCGGGGGGAGUGCGUCAGUCUCAGAAAAGACUUCCCCGGAGCCAAAUGGGGCAGAACAGGCGGUGACGACUCGUCCACCUGGGAGCUGGUUUUGUAUGCACCGUUUUAGACACCCCUGGGCAGCUCUUUCUGCACGGAGACGGUUUCUGCCCUGGGAAUGGGAUUUCUCGGUAAUCUCAUCAUUUUGCAAAUCAUAGUAAGUGGAUUAGGUGCAGGGUCUUGUUGGCAAAAAAUCGUCCCAAGUGGUGCGCAGAGAUCUGUAAGGGAGGGGUCUCCCUGGGUCCAAGCUCCAGCCCCAGCAUCUGGUGGUGAGGCAGGGGAACAGUUACCCUGCCUGGUGGAUAUAGAAAUACUUCUUCUCAUAAUUAAGGGAAGCCUGUCCAAGAUAGAGAGUUCCAGUAUGUAAAUAAACAAUGCAGCCAAGUGGAAAAGCUCUUCUCUCUUCAUGAGAACCACUAACCCUGAGUUUUCCUUCUGUGGUUUCCCAAAAACGACUUUCCUCGCUGGAACUCCUGAGGAGGACACUUAAAUUAGGGGCUCUGUGUCCGCGUCACCGUCUUGUAAAAGGGGUGAACCAGUUUAGCCAAUGAUUCAGAGCGGUCGGGGUGGCUGUCCAGGUUAGGCUUGGGACUUUUUUUUUUUAAUAGAUCAUGGAGGUGAACUUCACCUGAAGACAGACAAGUUCUGACUGCUAGGGCCGGAAACAACUUGUCAAAGCUGCUCUCCAGGCUACGCCUGUAAGAAGGUUGGAGGGAGGCGGUGGCUCUGGAGGCUGCGCUUGCACCAGCGGCACCUCUGCCCACCAGAGCCUGCGUUUUGGGCUUCGUGCUGCUCUGACCCUGACAAGCACCCUGAUGGGCCAGCCCAGUCCAAUAUUUCGCAUUCUUUAUGCCUCCAGGCAAAGCUUUUCUCAGGAAAUCAAAUCGCAGAGAGAUUCCCAGCUCCAGCAGCUUUCCAGGCCUUGGCAGAACAGUCAUUUGUUUAAGAUUAGAUGACCAAAUACUCAUAAGAAAUCACUCCAAACGGCCCAGCGUGUUGUGUUCAUCCUCUUCCUUUGGACGAACGUUAGGGUGAGGGUGGGAUGGCUGCCAGGAACCCCAGUUUGGAGUCUGAGCGUCUUACCCUCCAGAGUAGCCACGCCUCACCCCUGCUUUUAGAGGGUGAAACUUAAGAGAUGAAGUCAUUCCCCCAGUUAAUUGUAAAGAGAAAUUCAACAAAUGCACAAGAACCUCACAAAGGCAGACCUGUGGGCCUGGGGUCACAGGGCUUAGAAACGGAUUGAGAAAGAUGAAAGCGUCACGUAGGGUCAGUUAGGGUCAGAGGCUGUCAGGAGUGGAGGUUUCUAGGGCAGGACAAGACUAAGACCAUCCCUGUCUAGUUCAAGCACCCUGUUCACCUCUUGAGGCUGAAGAUCAAGGAGCAGAGUGAUUCUCCCCAGGCCACAGGGUCGCGCGACUGUCCCCACACAGUCACCGAACACCCCUUCCCGCCAGAGAGACGCAUGUACUCCUGGAAGCAGACAGGUAUCUCCGUGUUCUGGAAUUCUGGAGCCUUUUAAGCUGCAGGCCUUGGUUUCUGGCUUUGUUUGUAGAGGCUGACCUGUUUGUUAAGCCGGCCGGCCUGCUGAGUGCAUAGCAGCAGAGUCCAGGGAAGGUUUGUUCUGCCAGCAGGGCUUUGGGGGGCUAGAGCCAUGCGCUGCUUCAGGAGCGCCCCAGGACACAUACUGCGUUCAGUGAAGUUUUAUCAAGCGCUUACGGCGUGCCGAGCACACUGCCCAGUGCUGGGUCUGGGGCAGCAGCCGCUGUGUGCAGGGCGUCCCCACUGCGUGUCACAGCGUCCGGGCUCCUCUGCUACCAUUCUGUGUCACGCUCUCCAGCGCUCGCUACACCAGAGCACAGAGUGCACUCGGGCGGUACAGGAGUAACACUGGGGGGUCUCUGGGUCCUGGGGGGGUCACCUUCCCUUUAAGGUGAUCGCAGUAACGACCUCCCCAACUCUAAGAAUGCAGGUGACAGUUACAGUCGUGUCUGGCUUCAGGGGAGGAGCCUGGAUAUGAAGCAGAGUUUGCAAAAAAAAACCAGAGGCAUCCAACGCCCAGGAGGGCUGAGAGAGGAGACAGGAGGAAAGCAGUGGCUGCCAUCCUGUUGCCGGCCAGCCCGGCACAGACCUCGCCAGCGUCAACGCCUGUCCACCCACGCCUGCAGGCAUCACCUGGCGCUCACGCCUCCCUCCCAGCUCCCCGGGCUCCCUGGGCCACCAGGUUCAACCUGAGGACACAGGUGAUCGGGCACUAAAGGGUCAGCUGCCAGAGCUGGGUGGAGCUCUGAGGGGUCCCAGAGCCAACCUCCUCAUUUGACUAGUGAGGUGUUCAGGCCCACAGAGGCGCAGCAGCUUUCUCCAGGCCGCACAGCAAGGGGGUGAGAGAGAGAGACGGGCCCGUGAGCAGGACGGAGUGCCGGCCUCGCCCAGGGCCUGCUGAGAGGAGGCGGCCUCAGCUUUGUGCGGAGACUGCAGGCUGCUCCUGCGUCUCCAGUGAAGGCGGUAGUCGCUCAGUCGUGUCCCGCUCUUUGCGACCCCCUGGACUGCAGCCCGCCAGGCCCCUCUGCCCAUCGGAUUCUCCAGGCAAGAGUACUGCAGUGGGUCGCCAUGCCCUCCACCCAGGGAUCGAACCCGGGUUUCCCUCAUUGCAGGCAGUUUCUUUACCAGGUUGGCCUGAGCCCGCUAUUAAAAUGCUCGGAUUUCCAGGGCCCCCUUCUGGGUCAGAUCGUGCCCAUGUGGCCUUGGACUUAGCCGCCACUGCUGGCCGGAAAUGUGCUGAGUUCCGGAAGGACACGGCUGAAUGGUUUUAAGAUGUGAUGGGAUUUCAGCCUUAAGGGUUUUUAUCAUUAUCAUCAACACACGCUGAGCCGUGGAGGCGGAGGCCACCUCUGCGCUGUCACCGACCCCCCACCCGUAGGCCCAGGCACCUGGCAGGUGCGUCGGCACGUGACCCCAGACCCUGAUCCGAUGGGAAGCAGGCGGCUCUGAAGGACCACUUGGCCCUGGAGGGUGGCCUGUGCGCCUCUUCCUGGGCUUCGUUUCCGACCCACGUGUCUUCUGAUUAAGAAUGUCCCAUAAGAGACUGCAGCUUUGUUGCAGAGCCAAUGUUUAUACUCAAGUGCCUGACGGUGGAUGGGGCUGGGUGGUCGCGGUUUCUUUUUUCUUCGUUGAAGUCUUCACCUACGGCAUCAUCAAGUCGUUCGGCGUCUUCUUCAAUGACUUAAUGGACAGUUUCGAUGAAUCCAAUAGCAGGAUCUCGUGGGUCAUCUCCAUCUGUGUGUUCGUCUUAACAUUCACAGCCCCGCUCUCCACGGUCCUGAGCAGCCGGUUUGGACACCGCCCGGUGGUGAUGCUGGGCGGCCUGCUGGUCAGCGCGGGCAUGGUGACGGCCGCCUUCUCGCAGAAGGUCCACCACAUGUACAUCGCCAUCGGCGGCGUCUCUGGCCUGGGGUUCUGCUUCAGCUUUCUGCCGACGGUCACCAUCCUGUCACAGUACUUCGACAAGAGGCGCUCGGUGGUCACGGCGGUCGCUUCCACAGGAGAAUGUUUUGCCAUGUUCGCCUUUGCGCCAGCCAUCACGGCCCUGAAGGAGAUGGUCGGCUGGAGGUACAGCAUGCUCUUCGUGGGGCUCCUGCAGCUCAACCUUGUGGUCUGCGGCGCGCUGCUCAGACCCAUCGUCAUCGUCGGCACGCUGGGGACCCCCGAGACCCCCGCCCCCGAGCACCGGAAGGAAGCGCAGUAUAUGCUGGAGAACGAGAAAACCCGCACCUCCAUUGACUCCAUUGACUCAGGAGUAGAGCUGACUACCUCACCGAAGAACGUGCCUGGCCACCCGGCCGCAGUGGAGCCCGCAGCCGAGCUGCAGGCCCGGGGCCAGCCCGGCGCGCCGCUGCUGGACUUCUCAGUGCUGACGGAGAGGAGCUUCAUCUGCUACACGCUCUUCGGGCUGUUCGUGACGCUGGGCUUCUUUGCCCCGUCCCUGUACAUCAUCCCGCUGGGGCUCAGCCUCGGCCUGGACCGCGACCGCGCGGCGCUGCUGCUGUGCGCCAUGGCCGUGGCCGAGGUGUUCGGCCGCAUCGGGGCGGGGCUGGUCCUCAACCGCGAGCCCAUCCGCAAGGUCUACAUCGAGCUCGUCUGCGUCGUCCUGCUGACCCUGUCCCUGUUCACCUUCACCUUCGCCGCGGGCUUCUGGGGCCUCAUGGCCUGCAGCGUCUUCUCAGGGGCCAUGAUCGGGACCGUGGCGGGCACCCACAUCCCGCUGCUCGCCGAGGACGACGUCGUGGGCAUCCAGAAGAUGUCGUCGGCGGCCGGGGUCUACGUCUUCUUCCAGAGCAUCUCGGGGCUGGCUGGACCCCCCCUUGCAGGUCUGCUGGUGGACCAGAGCAGGAUGUACAGCAGAGCCUUCUACUCCUGCGCGGCCGGGAUGCUGGUAGCCGCCGUGUGCCUCGCCCUCGUGAGACCCUGCAAGCGGGGGCUGUGCUGCCGGCCCCGAGCCCGGGAGGGCAAGGCCGAGGGUCCCCGCGGGAAAAAAGCGUUGCAGGACAUCCCCGAAGACUUUCUGGAGAUGGACCUGGGGAAGACCGAGCCCAGAGCUCCUGCAGGAACGGAGCCCGUCUGACACCCGCGCCCGCCACUGCAGCGCCGGGCUGGGGAGGGCGUGGGGCGGGGGGCCCAGGGCGGGACCGCCCGCCCGCUUUCCGACUGCACUUCAAAGGGAAUGUAUGCGAGAACCACUACCAACAUCCUUCUUGUUUUCUUGUAAGUUUUCUUUUUUGCUUGUUUUUUAUGCCAAAACAAAAGCAGUGGAGCGCCUUUCUGUGCGUCAGCCUGGCUGGGUUCAGCAGCAACACAAAGACAGGCAGGAGGGCUCUGGGCCACCCUCCGGGUUUAAAACAGGGACAUGAACUGGCAAAGUGGUUUGAAGAGCUCUCACGUUUGAGAAGCCGCUAUCGUAGAAACUGACAUCUGGCCCAGGCCACUGAAAUGAAAUCAGCCACUCAAAAAAAAAACCAAACCAAACCAACUUACAUCAUUUUAAAAAUUGCUCAUUUUCAGAACUAUGAACAUAUUGUUUAAAAACCUUUGAAAAAUUCUGAGGUUUCCAUUAACACCUUAGGGCCUCUGAAUUUUCCAGAUAUUCCAUGGAAACAAAGUACAAUUUAAGACCAAACCUUUGGCCAGUAAAUGGAAAUUUUUAAAAAUAUACGUAACUUGAACUUCAGAAAUGUGAAGAUGACCAGUUCUUUGUACGGCCAGUCAUUCACCAGUAUCUCAAUACGGAGCACACAGCACGGCAUUCAGAAAUGGAUUUCCUAUUGCUUUUUAAUUAUUCAGAAAUAUGUGAUUGUAGUGUCUUUAAUUUAAACCACUAUUUAUUAUUAAGUUAUUCUAGAAUGAAUAAAGUAAUCAAAAGAAAGAAAGUCUGAGACAUAAGCAGAAUUUUCACCUCCCUUCUGCAGUCCUUGACACGCCUCUUUAACUUGUAAAGUUACUCUCUAAAAGGCCGAGUUGUAAGGAUUCUUCAGUGUGAUGGCAGUGUGUGUGAUUUAAAGGGGGUGGGGGGAUGAACAGCAAAUCGCCUUAGCUUUUUUAAAUGAUUUAUCACCUAAGAAUACUUGAGGAUCUUCUUUGAUCAGAAUUAUAUCUCAUUGAAUUGUUGAAGCAUUUUUUUUUUUCUUACGAUCUCACUGUUGAAGCAUUUCUGUGUUUCACAUGGGGUAGCAGAGACAGUUAAUUCACCGUCGUGAGUUACAUCCUAGAAAGCCUGAUUGCUCUGUGUUACAGGGUCACUAUUCUUCUUGGCGUUACACUACACGGAUAGUAUUUCUCAUGUGCACGUUUUUUUUUGUUUGUUUUUUCUGUAAAAGGGCGGGUUUCUGUAAAAGGACUCACAUGUCCUGAUCUUCUACAGGUGACGGUCAGAACCGCUGCUCCAUGUCUACUCAUUUUACUGUUAAUUUUUGACAACUCAGGGGGAAAAAAAUAUAACAAGCCUAGUUUGGUUCCAGGUACACACAAGCUCGAAUGUUUCUCUGCACUGAGACGAAUGUGGCAUAGCUCACCACCGCCUGCUACGUUUCUGUAUAGCGUUGGAUCAGCCAUAGAAACAGGACAAUCUGUAGACCCUGGGGAGGGUGGGGAGGAGGCAAUCACCAAGUGCCCGUCAGAGACAGGCACAGGUGGGACGGGCAGGCGGGGCAGACGUCACUGCCCAGAGGGACUCGCAGCUUGUGGCACGCUUGCAGGCUUCACGACUUCAGCACUUUACUACAUUUUUUACUAUGAAUGUUCGAUACAAUUUGAUAUUUAUAACUGGUUUCAGAGCGAUCUGCUCAAGACGUCCAUUCUGUUAAGUGCAUGGGAAAAAAAAAAAAUGUAUGCCAAUUUCAGUAUGUCAGUAAUUGAGGUUUUUAAAUGUUUGGAAGAAAAUGAAAACAGGAUUGCUGAUUUGUUCUGUAUUCCGUGACAUUCUGGUACUUCUAGAUUUGCAAUAAAUGUAUGGCUUUU